AUGACCUCAUCUGGACGGACAUCACCCACAGCGGAGCCAUUCACACCCAUGCGGAUCGCAUUCAUCCACCCCGACCUGGGCAUCGGUGGCGCCGAGAGACUCGUGGUUGACGCGGCAGUUGGACUCCAAGACCUCGGGCACAAGGUUACCAUGUACACCUCUCACCACGACCCUUCUCAUUGCUUCGAGGAAACCCGCGAUGGAACAUUGAAGGUCCAGGUUGGCGGAAACACGAUUGUGCCAAGGACGAUUGCAGGACGCUUCUACAUCAUCUGCGCCAUUCUCAGGAACAUUCACCUUGCUUUGAUCAUGAUCAUGCUGAACAGGAAACUGGACGGCAAAGAAAAGUUUGAUAUCAUCAUUGUCGAUCAACUCUCCGUUUCGAUCCCUCUCUUACGCUGGACUGGGGCAAAGAUAUUUUUCUACUGCCACUUCCCCGACAAACUGUUAACCAAACGCGAAUCGUUCCUCAAAAAGCUCUAUCGACUCCCUGUUGAUUUCAUCGAGGAACUCACCACAGGUACUACCACGCGGAGAUUGCUUGAUGAGAUGAGUAAGGACAUCGAUAAGAUCAUGUAG